AUGGAUACAAGAUGGGUUACUGCAGCUCGUAGGAGCAACCAACUAAUAUUUUCUAUUUUUGUGAAAAAUAUGCAUGAAUAUUCUUAUAGCACAGUUUUUGUGAUAACAGAUGAUAUUCCUUAUGAGUACUGGAGCUUCUUCGUUACUCAGUUGACUGUUAUGUUAUCCAAGCAGUUCAGUAUUCCCCAGGCCCUUAUAUGGCGGGCCGCUGAUUAUCUUGUAUUGUCGGCGCGUUUGGAGCCAUAUCUCACUCAGGUCCUUAGUCAUGAUAAUGAUCUUGGGCUUUUCACCCUCCAGGGGUGGCAUCAGAUCUUCAGUACUCAGGAGGUUGAUCCAUCAGCCAAUUGCUUCCAUUAUACAGGGAGUGUGGCAAGGCUCUAUGGAGAACAACCAGAUCUAUGGAGGAAGUUAGGUGCGAAUAAUAUGAGGAAGAUACGGGUUGUGGUACUUAGGUCUGAUCAGGUGUUGAGGAUCCAUGAUGAUGACAUAAUUCCACCUUUGAGACAAGUGGAGUCGAAGCCUGUUCCUUAG